ACCCGUUCCCGAUGGAAAGAAAAUUGUAUAUAAUGUCUGGUGCUACGCCCUGAAGCAUAACCUUUUUUCUUUGUUUUUCUGAAGGCUCUACUUAUUAGUAAGUUUUCUCGUUGUUAAAAUUAAAAAAUGUCUGCCGUUGCAUUUUGUAUGCCUCCAUGCAACCUAUUUGGUAAAGGAGUUUUAGUCCAGGCUAUGGACCAAAUUAAGGAUGCGGGUUUUAAAAGCAUUCUCAUUGUGACAGAUGAGGGAAUCGUCAAGCUUGGUCUGUCAGAUAAAGUUAAAAAGAUGUUGGAAGAACGCGACAUGAAGGUAGAAGUCUACAGCAAGGUCCAACCCAAUCCUACUGUUUCAAAUGUGAACGACGGUUUAGCAAUUGCUCGCAAAGCUGAUAGCGAUGCCAUUGUCUCUUUGGGAGGCGGUUCUCCACACGACUGUGCUAAGGGUAUUGCUUUGCUUGCAACUAAUGGAGGUGAAAUCUUGGACUACAUGGGGAUGAAUUUGUCUAAGAAGCCUCAACUACCUCUUAUCGCUAUCAACACAACCGCUGGUACAGCUAGUGAAAUGUCUCAAUUCGCAGUGAUUACCGAAGAAACAAACCACCUCAAAUUGGCCAUGGCCGAUAAAAACAUUACCCCCAUGUUAUCUGUAAAUGACCCGGAAUUGAUGUAUGGUAUGCCUGCAAGCUUAACGGCGGCAACUGGUAUGGAUGCCAUGACCCAUGCUGUCGAGGCCUAUGUUUCAACAUUGGCCAAUCCAAUUAGCGAUGCGUGCUCCUUACAGUCCAUGAAAUUGUGUGCCGAGUACUUGGAGCGUGCCGUAAAAAAUGGAAACGACGAAGAAGCUCGGGAAAAGAUGGCUUACGCAGAAUUCUUGGCUGGAAUGGCUUUUAACACUGCGUGUUUGGGUUAUGUUCAUGCUAUGGCUCAUCAGAUUGGCAGUACUUACAACAUCGCUCAUGGUGUUUGCAAUGCUGUCUUACUUCCUCAUGUCCAACGUUUCAACGCUAAAGUCGCGGCUGAUCGUCUGGCAACCGUAGCUGAAUACUUGGGGGCCUCGGAACACACGGCCGAGGGCGCCGUUCAAUUCCUUCAGGACAUGGUUGCACGAGUCGGUAUUCCUGUUCAUCUCAAAGAUCUUGGUGUAAAGCGUGAGGACUUCGAUAUGCUUGCUACGAAUGCCAUGCACGACGCAAGCACCUUCUCAAAUCCAAUCCAACCUACUCACGAUGAGGUAAAGCAAAUCUUUGAAGAAGCAUUUUAAACGAAAAUCCCUAAUGAGGAAUGUUAUAUACUAAGUGAUGAACUUAGUUGCUUUUAUAUGUCGAUUUUUUUUUUUUUUUUUGUUUGUUUACUGUUGUUACGCGAAUAAAAUACGAGCUUGUUUUUAUUAAUGUAAGUUCUUGCUUGAAAAGCAUUGGGUGGA